AUGCCGCCAAAAGCUCCCGUAGGAAAAUCCGCAGGCAAGAAGGCCGUCAAAAAGCAGGUCGGAGAAGGCAAGAAGAAAAGAAAGGGAAGACGUAAGGAAAGCUAUGCUAUCUACAUCUACAAGGUGCUGAAGCAAGUCCACCCCGACACCGGUAUCUCGAGCAAGGCCAUGGGCAUCAUGAACUCGUUCGUGAACGACAUCUUCGAGCGCAUCGCUGGUGAAGCUUCCCGCCUGGCGCACUACAACAAGAAGUCCACCAUCACGAGCAGGGAAAUCCAGACGGCCGUUCGUCUGCUCCUUCCCGGUGAGCUGGCCAAGCACGCCGUAAGUGAGGGAACCAAGGCCGUCACCAAGUACACCAGCAGCAAGUAAACGGCGCAAUCCGUGCUGCACAAACCAAACAACGGCUCUUUUAGGAGCCACCCAAAUGACACAAAAGUCACUGUGCCUCAUGCUAUCAUGCCUGUUAGAAAUAAGAGUUGAGUGUGCAAAAAUAUCACGAUCUCCCUACACAUCUUUGUCCUUGAGACACUGCACUAAUAAAAACUUGAGCGGUGUAGGACAGUAAACUUAUCCAAACUCAUUAGAUAGAAGGCUAGACAUGAGGUGGUUUGCUAUCCAGUAAAAAAACAAACAUUUACAGACCCCAACCUGCCCAAAAGUAGAGUAAUAGACGGAGUAGUCUUUCUUUUAUCGUGUAAUAUCAAAUUACUAGAAAUAAAGUUUCUUGGAAGCGUGAA